UGAGAUGUGGUUCCCGUGUGUCGACCUUGUUUACUUGCUGAGGCGCAGCUGCAGAUUCACACCGAGAGAAAUAACGCUCAGAAUGCGCUCUAUCGCUUCACCAUGACCCGACACACACCGGCCGCGGAGGCUGAAGCUCCUGCAGGAGGUGUUUCGGGCGGCAGAGGACGCGAUGGUGCUUCGUGCGGAUCAGAUAUGCUGUUUCUUUACCAACAAGUCGUGCUGAGCCGUCUGACUGCUGGCUGAGCGGCUAGUCCGCUAACCGGGGCCGCCUGCGCUGCGCUCGGGUAGACAGAUAGCUCUAGCGCUAAUUCUGGACUGCCCGUCCCCCCAGUGUGGAUCCUAAACGCUCUCUAGCUAACCUACAUACUCACCACUCAUAAACAUGGACGAGGCAUCCCCAGCGUCUCUGACUGACCUGUGCCUGUCGCUGGUGAGCUCCAGGCUGGAGUUGUUCUGUAAGAAGUUUGAUGACGGCUUGCUGUGCCUGCGUGAGCCUCUGAUCUUCCCUCAGGAGCUCGCUGAUCAACUGCUCUGCAAGAUGGCCACAGAGGGCUUGCUGAAUGACAGCACAGUGGGCAUAUUCUGCAGUUGCCAGCAGCUCCGGCUGCGGCGUGCCUGCAUCCGCACUGCCCGCAUCUCAGCCGAAGCCUUCCAGCGUGCCCUCUGCCCUCAUCGGCUGCUUGAGCUGGAUGCCUCGCGGGUCAAUGCUGACCUCACCAUCACUGACAUCCUGCUUGGCCUCUCUGCCAACAAGGGCGUGUGUGAGAGUCUGCAGCGCCUGGUCUUGAACGGUCUUACGAUGUCGUCUUUGGAGGAGCCCAGCCGCCGCUGCUUCAGCUCCCUGCAGGGCCUGCGAGCGCUCAGCAUCUCCAACGUGGACUUUUAUGAUUCAGGCCUGGCUGAUGUGUGCUCGCUGCCUCGCCUGGAGAGUCUGGAUAUCUCCAACACCUCAGUGACCAACCUCACACCACUGUUGGGGCUCAGGUCUAGGCUCCGCUACCUCACCAUGCAUCAGCUCAAACGGCUAGAGAUGACCACCGCACAGCUCUUGGCAGUGCUUAGUCAGCUGGAGGGCUUGCAGCAUUUAGACAUCUCAGAUGACAAGCAGUUCACAUCAGAUGUUGCACGCCAGCUGCUGGAAACGUCAGGCAUCCUCCCAGCACUGGUGUCGCUGGACAUUUCAGGGCGGAAGCAGGUGACUGAUGCGGUGGUCAGGGCUUUCGUGGAGGAGAGGCCAGGCAUGACCUUUGUUGGUCUGUUGGCUACCGACGCAGGCUUCUCUGAUUUCCUGUCUGGAGAGGGCAGCUUAAAGGUGACCGGGGAGGCCAACGAGACUCAAAUUUGCGAGGCUUUGCGGCGCUACAGUGAGAGAGAGGGUUUUGUUAGAGAGGCCCUCUUCCAUCUCUUCAGUCUCACACACGUGAUGGAGAAAGCUCGGCCUGACAUCCUCAAACUGGUGGCUCUGGGAAUGAAAAACCACCCCACCACUCUGAACGUGCAAUUGGCAGCCAGUGCCUGUGUCUUCAACCUCACCAAACAAGACCUGGCUUUUGGAAUGCCUGUUCGUCUUCUAGGCAAUGUCACCCAGCUGCUGCUAGAGGCCAUGAAGACUUUCCCUAAUCACCAACAGUUGCAGAAGAACUGCCUGCUCUCUCUCUGCAGUGACCGUAUCCUGCAGGAGGUACCCUUCAACAGGUUUGAUGCUGCCAAGCUGGUCAUGCAGUGGUUAUGUAACCAUGAAGAUCAGAACAUGCAGAGGAUGGCAGUGGCCAUCAUAUCCAUCCUGGCUGCCAAGCUGUCUACUGAACAAACAGCACAGUUAGGAGCGGAGCUGUUUAUUGUUAAGCAACUCCUGCACAUUGUGCGUCAGAAGACAUCUCAGGGCACGGUAGACGCUACUUUGAAGUUCACACUCAGUGCCCUGUGGAACCUGACAGACGAGUCACCAACCACCUGUAGACACUUCAUAGAGAACCAGGGCCUGGAGCUUUUCAUCAAAGUCCUGGAGUCCUUCCCUUCAGAGUCUUCCAUCCAGCAAAAGGUCCUUGGUUUACUGAAUAACAUAGCUGAGGUGGGAGAGCUGCAUGCAGAGUUAAUGGUGCAGGGCUUUCUGGACCAUAUCCGAACUCUGCUGCACAGUCCUGAAGUGGAGGUCAGCUACUUUGCUGCAGGAAUACUUGCCCACCUCACAUCACGUGGGGAAACAGUGUGGACCCUCAAUCUGCCCCUCAGAGCCGCACUGCUGGAGCAGCUGCACUCAGCGAUUCUGAAAUGGCCCACGCCGGAAUGUGAGAUGGUGGCAUACAGGUCGUUUAACCCUUUCUUCCCCCUGCUGGAGUGUUUCCAGACCCCAGGGGUUCAGUUGUGGGCAGCCUGGGCUAUGCAGCAUGUGUGCAGCAAGAACGCUGCACGGUACUGCAGCAUGCUGCUUGAGGAAGGAGGACUGCAGCACCUGGAGGCAGUGAGGUCACAUCCUGACACACACAGUGAUGUGAGACGAUUGGCUGAGAGCAUUCUGGACAGUCUUCAUCGCCAUCAAGUACGAACAGGCUACAUAGGCACAACGCAAGCACACACAAACAGAGAGCGAGAUGUCACAUGAUGUGGAUAUCCUGUCACCAGUCUCGGGAUGGCGCACAGCGUACCUACCUGAAAAGUGUGUUUUUGAGCGAGAGUGUUUGUGAGUGCGCCUGUGUGUGUUUCUACAUCCUCCUUCCCCUUUUAUGCUCUCUCCCACCUCCAGUGAGGGGCAUUGGGGGGAGAGUUACAAAGCGUUUGUUUGCACAAAGCAAAUUAUUUAUUUUUCUGUGUCGUCUCUGUUUAGAAAGAAUCAAUGUUAUUUUAUUGUACCAUCUCUGUUACCAGAACAUUUAUGGGUGGAGAGGGGCAGGGACUAAAGGGAAUAGCAUAGCAAAGCAGGUGGGAAAGUGUGUGUCUGUGUGUGUGUGUGAGCAUGCAUGCCUGCAUGCGCUCAAAGAGCAUGCUUUAGUUCCUCUGGGUGAUUUAUUUACGUAGUUGGAUUGAUUCAAACACAGUUUCUGCUUCAGAAUUAAGCUGGUCGGACAGAUCCUCGUCCCCAUGGACACAAAUGGCAAUAAUUCUCGGUCAGUCGUACAGAUGGGUAACAGUGUAUAUGAAUAUAGAGUUUUUAUUGUCUUGAGAUGGUGUUUAUUGCUAAAUGUUUAUACUUCCAUGUGAGUAGACGUGUGCAUGUGUGUGUGUGUUAGCACAUAUGCUUGAGUGUAUGGCCGAUAAAUUAGGUUGUGACCUCUCUGUGUGUCAUUGUAUUUGACAGCAUGAGAGGUUCGAUGCGUAUCUAGUUUUUAUAUACUGUACACUGUACUGUAUAUGGUAUCUACUGUAGAGGGUGUGCUGUUAUAAGGAGCGCUAUGCUGUGUUGCACAAAAAGAAAUACUGCUAUCCUGGUUUUUGGGUUUACUGAGCAAAAUGGUACAAAUGGAGAAAAUUAAAAGCCAAAUUGAAGAUUUUUUUUCCUCGGUUUCUCCAGUGAGCGGCCUCAAGGCUGAUAGAUUAUGCGGAUGUUGUCAAAUUAUGCUGGACACCUAUCAACCUCUCUGACAUUUUAACUUGGUCAGCCAGACCUUUUCUUCUCAUUCAAAUGUUGCUCUGCUUACCUAACUCACUCUGAGAGAUAGGACAAGAGACUACAUCCAGAGCCGCUGGGAAUUCCAACUUUUUAGCUCCUGAAGGAAAAAUCCUGAGUUACUGCGAGAACCACUGUUCCUUCCAUAAGGACAAUGGAAAGCUCCAGUUACUCAACACCAUGAUGUCUCUUCUCUUCCUUGGGAAACAAUGCCAACAAGUCAACAAAAUCUUCACGUCAUUUUCUCUCUAGAACUGCUCAUUGGUUUAACUUUCAAGUGUUUGUGUUAUUAGAUCAAAUAAGAUGUUGACGGAUAAAUGAAUCUUGUCUGGAAGGAAGAAAAAUUGUUUACCUAUGAAAAUGCCCCCUGAUUUGUUCUAAACCAACAAGCAUUAUGACUGUUUUUCUUUACUUUCUCCUUUGGUGUCAUUUUUAGUAUGCUUAUGCUUUCUUCUUCUGCUGCAUGGAGUUUUUAUUUGGUAGAGUUAUUUUCUUAAACAUCACUUUUUAUGAGGGGCCAUGCACUUGAACUAUCAGGCACUCUGUAAUUUGGGAAACGCUGAGGAAAAACAUUGUUGCUGAGUAUCUGCAUCAAUUUAAGACCACAGCUUACAUCUUCUACUUCAGCAUGGUAAUGCAUCAUCAAACUGCUCACAAUGUGUUCAGAUUUUUGUCUUUCCAGUCACUGGAUCUGAAUCCUGUAGAACACUUUGAGAUUUGAUAGACUGUCAGCUUCUUAUUAUUAAAGCGCUCUUUGAAAAAUCAGCAGGAAUUGUGCAAUGCACAACAUGGACCAGAAUCUUAAAUGAAAGUUUCCAAAAUUGUGUGAAUUUAGUUAGCGGUUUGCCUUUGCGCCUGGGCUUUAAACAUAAUUUUCGUUUGACAUUUUUCUGGAAUCUCCAUCCAAGAUGAUGUGUAGUCCAGUAUUACACAUAAUCCUGUCCUUGAGAGCAGUUCCAAUGAUGUUUCACCAACAAAAAAAGCUAGAAAACCCACCUUGAAAGUGUUUUUCAUUAGAAUUUCAGUGGAUGUCCUGAUUUUCCCGAGCAUUCCUAAAUUACAGUCUCUUCACAUCAUUGUCUGUGGCUACAUAAAAUUCUCAGACUGCCAAAUGUUAAGAAAAUGUCCACUGGAUUCUGUCCUCUGGAUAUAUCUGGCUUUACAUGUUGCUUGACAGCUGGUCAUCAACAAUUUUAAGGACUACUCCAGCCUGUAUUAGUCCACUGCUUCUCUAAUGUGAGACUGAUUUCAGUGAACAGAAAAGAACAGAGAUCUGCUGACUCAAAACAAAGUGUUUUGUUUUGGGCUUUAGCAUGUACCCGCUGGUUUUCAUAUAAGUGUGUUUGGAGACAAUGGGCAGCUUACUGUAUUAGUGUACUAGUGUACUAAUGGGUAGCUACACUGGAGUGUUUUUCUUAAAGCUCAAUUCACUGGCUUUUUUCCAUAGUCUUAAAAACAUAUUAUAAUGUAAAAAAAAAAGAAAGAGAAAAGCCUAAUCCAGCCUGCCAUAAUACCUAGCUGUGAGCUCAUAUAAAGGACUGCCAGUGUAGUAGGACCAAAUCUAGACCUCAUCACCUCACCCAGACACCAGAUUUUCUUCCUCUAACUGUGUUACUACUGGUACAUGGCCCCUCAUAAAAUCUUUCCUGUGCACUAUAGUAGUUAUUUUUACCUACAGUGGGGAUGUGGGGUGGGAGCCUAUCCGGAUAAAGCUAAAGCAUCUUACUGCUGCUCAGAUUCCCAUUAUAUGCAAAUAUUGUUUCUUGAAUAAAGAAUGUAAACCUG